UGUGUGUGAGUAUCCGUGGUGUGCGAGUUCGGGACGGAUGGAUGCAAUGAAGGGAACAAUCGUAUCGAGGAAUAAAGAAACCAUGACAGGCAUCCUGAUCCCCUGACGAUUCUCUCCGGGAUGCAGUCAUAGUUUGAGGCCGGACAUGAUUUUAAUCUGUGGAGUUGCUGUAGUUCAUGCGGGACGAUGUGCGCCGCACCCCGAGAUAUUGAUACAGAGAACACAGCUCGGUCCUUGAAUGCAUCUCAGCGGAUUUUUCCUGGACUGUGGCGCACAGUGAGCAUCUAUUUGUUGUUGUUGUUUUCUUCUCCUGAGCAGGCUGGUACUGUUUGUGGGACCUUCUGAUGUGGAGGGAGUGUGCCGUUUUACCCGAAGGCAUCAUUUGAGCACUGUUGCUCUGACCCACAGGAGCAGAAACCAGGGCCGAGCUCCUCAACUGGUAUUCUCAACACAAAAUAAGAACCUUUCAGCAUGGCUGAGAGAACCCUGGAUCCGGGCUCGGUCAGCAUCCCCAUGGAGGAGACCAAACUCCCAGGUGGAGCUCCCCAAGAGGCCCCGCUGCUCACCCACCUGAAGAAAGUGGAGAACCACAUCACUGAGGCCCAGCGCUUCUCCCACCUCCCGCGUCGCUCUGCUGUGGAUCUGGAGUUCAAUGAGCUCUCUUACACCAUUCGCGAGGGUCCCUGGUGGAGAAGGAGAGGCUACAAAGCUCUCCUGAAGUGUCUGUCAGGACGGUUCAACAGCAGAGAGCUGAUUGGUAUCAUGGGGCCUUCAGGAGCUGGGAAAUCCACUCUGAUGAAUAUUCUGGCUGGGUACAGGGAAACCGGAAUGAAGGGUCAGAUUAUGGUGAAUGGUCGACCGAGGGACCUGAGGACUUUCAGGAAGAUGUCCUGCUACAUCAUGCAGGAUGACAUGCUGCUGCCACACCUCACUACGAGGGAGGCCAUAAUGGUGUCUGCCAAUCUGAAACUAAAUGAGAGCAUGCAGGUCAAGAAGGAACUCGUGGAUGAGAUAUUGACCGCUCUGGGUCUCCUUGAGUGUGCUCAGACACGCACCAACUGUCUCUCUGGAGGUCAGUGUAAAAGACUGGCCAUUGCCCAAGAGCUGGUCAACAAUCCUCCUGUCAUGUUCUUUGAUGAGCCGACAAGUGGUCUGGACAGCGCAUCCUGUUACCAGGUGUCCCUCAUGAAGUCUCUGGCUCAGGGCGGACGGACAAUCAUCUGCACCAUCCAUCAGCCCAGUGCCAAGCUCUUUGAGAUGUUUGAUAAGCUGUACAUCCUCAGUCAGGGUCAGUGCAUAUACAAGGGCACUGUCCCUUACCUAAUCCCGUAUCUGAAGAACCUGGGCCUCCACUGCCCCACGUAUCACAAUCCUGCUGACUUCAUCAUUGAGGUGGCAUCAGGAGAGUAUGGGGAUCUGAAUCCAGUGCUGUUUGAGGCGGUGCAGGGUGGUCUGUGCUCUGAGGAGGGCAAGAAGAACUCCAGAGACAAAAGUGACUCCUCCUGCUCACAAUGUCACAGUGACACAGGAACCCUGGAGAAACACAGCUUUGCCACCAGUACAUUCACACAGUUCUGCAUCCUCUUCAAGAGAACCUUCAUCACAAUAUGCAGAGACACGGUGCUGACCCACCUCAGGGUGAUGUCCCAUCUGUGUAUUGGAGUUCUGAUCGGCUUGCUCUAUCUCAAAAUUGGAAAUGAUGCCAGCAAGGUCUUCAACAACACUGGCUUCCUCUUUUUCUCUAUGUUGUUCCUCAUGUUUGCAGCCCUGAUGCCCACUGUCCUAACCUUUCCUAUGGAGAUGUCUGUGUUUAUACGAGAACAUCUCAACUACUGGUACAGCCUGAAGGCCUACUACCUUGCAAAAACCAUGGCUGACGUACCGUUUCAGGUGAUCUGUCCGAUCAUGUAUUGUAGUAUAGUGUACUGGAUGACUGAGCAGCCUCCAGAAGUGGGUCGUUACCUUCUCUUUAUGGCACUGUCCACAUCCACAGCCCUGGUGGCCCAGUCCCUUGGUCUGCUUAUAGGGGCAGCAUCCACAUCUCUGCAGGUUGCAACCUUUGUGGGUCCAGUUACAGCCAUACCUGUCCUUCUCUUCUCUGGCUUCUUUGUCAACUUUGACACCAUUCCCAAAUACCUACAGUGGAGCUCCUAUGUGUCCUAUGUCAGGUAUGGCUUUGAGGGGGUAAUACUCUCCAUCUAUGGGAUGAACCGGUCAGAGCUUGAGUGUCCAGGUGUGGUGUGUAAGUUCCAAAAGCCGGAGGAGGUCCUGCAGCUCCUGGAUGUGGAGGAUGCAAAGCUCUAUGUGGACUUCAUGGUGCUGGGGGCUUUCUUCCUGAUCCUCAGGCUGGCUACUUACCUGGUUCUGCGCUACAAAGUCAAGUCAGAGCGUUAAGACAUCCAGAAGCAACCACUGAUGGAUCUGGCCGCUCGCACAUAUCCCGGCAGUGUGAGAGCGAAGCAACCAUAUAGUCUCUUUCUCUAUUUCAUAUACAUUUAUAAAGACAAACACACAAGUCUAGCACGAAAAAGCAUCAGAAGUUUUGCUGCAACAUUACUCAAAGUGUACAGUAUGAUAUCAACACGGGGAGGGUUUGUUUUUCAAGACAAAGGAAGUCAAUACUUGAUCGUUGUUCUGCCCCUGCCCAUUAUUGGUUGUCUGCCAGAUUAUAGUAUUUUUCAGAACACCAUCGCCCUCCAAGAAAAGUGUGUAUCUACACCAUGCAUACACAGAAUACCCAACAAAGUAAUGAAAGCAUGUUUCUUCAGACUGAACUUGUUUGUCCAAGAAAGUGCCACAUGAUAGCAACCGUCUUGGUGCAGGACUGUGCGACAACUCACCGGAUUGUAUGGCUUCACAAUACAAUUCCAAAGAGGUAACCCACCCAUCAAGAUUCCCAAGUGAGGCACGAUUCCAACGUGGAUAUCCUCUUUUUUUCCCAUCAGGAAAAGCAGAAACUUUCAGUGCCAGAAGCCUUUGUAAAGUUUCUCACUCCCCUGUAGGAUCAUACCAUCAGGUAUCCUUAAAGAGACGCUGAACGCGAUGGCUUUUCUUCAUGGAAGACGACCAAAAUGAACCGACUGCCAGGGGGUGACUUUCCACGCUUUCCAUCUACGGCAUGGCUCAUUUUUGAAGGCCUCCUAAACAUGGAUAGUGUUUGUAAAAGGAUCAAGUGAAGCAGAGUGUCUUGUAUAGAGACUGAUGUGAUGUCACCCUGUGAGCAGGCCAAGGUUUCUUUUAUUGUUUCUACCAAAACAUGUGGAGCAUUCGCUCAAUGUGGAGCAAAAUGUGAAAGCGAGCAUGGCUGCUGUUUCCAGCCUGCUGCAGAGGGCUGUCUUAAUCUAAGCAGGUGUUGUAGGUGAAGUGCAAUAGCCUAUUCUAUGGUUUCAAAAGUGUUUGAACUGCUCGUUUCCACUCUCUAUCUGCCUCAUCUCUGAGCUGCAAAAAGAAGUAUCCCUUUUUUCUCUCCUCCUCUUUCUCUUUCUCUCUGCUUUGCUGAUGUCUGACAGAUACGUGUUGUCCAAAACAAUGCUAGAUACUUGAAAUGCAGGCUGGGCAGUUUUUGUGCCUCUGAUCUAGAAUGAUUUCCGUUUCCUCUGCUUCAUUGUUUGCACAGACAGGACACCUUAUUGCAAUGUACAUCCUUCACACACACAAGAACAGAUACUUAUACACAGACACACACACACAAACAGACACACACAUACACACACAUUCCCCCUGACAAUGUUAAGAAGAGCCUCUCUUUGUCACGGGGCAAUGCAAAUAUUUUCAGAUAGACUUGCUAUGAAAUAUUUCUUACUCAAACUAUGCUACUUAGUAAUCCUUAUUAUAAUGCAUAAAAUAAUGUGAGUAUAUAAUCAAUGAUUGUACAGUGAAUAUGUCAUGCUGUAAACAAAUGUACAUUUGCACUUUUCAAUGUAUGUUUCUUCUUUUUUAUUUUGUAUUUAAUUUUAUUUUUAUAUCUAUGUGAUGAGUGCUGCUUGAGAGUAUAACAGGAAAACAGCAACUGAAUGUUGCAUGUUCACUUUAGGAAUGAAACUGCUGAAAAUAUUAAAUUUCAGAGUAAAGCAUCACGA